AUGUUCUAUGGUGCAGUGGUGUGGGAUCCAUGGCUAAUUGUUGCCCAAAUUGUUUGUCUUCAAUGCUUGUACUAUGUAACACUGGGAGUUUUCUUAACAAUUCUUGUUGGGACUCGCGUUUCUAGAAUGAGUCUAGUGUAUUUCUUUGAUUACGCUACUGUUGGUACCACCACGGUCACCGGUUGGUGUGUCAUUGGUUCGUUUAUACUCAGCUCGCUUGCCGGAGCUGGUUAUCUGCUUUAUUUGAUUGAAAGGUCGAAGAAGUGCUUAGAUUUUUCGGCCACCCUAACUGUCAGGUUUGCCAUUGGUGUUCAAUUUAUUGGAGAUAAUUCUCAAAAGAGCUGGUCUUAA